ACAAUUGAUUUAGAGGGGUUCAAGCUGUUCAUGAAGACUUUUCUGGAGGCAGAGUUACCAGAUGAUUUCAUUGAGCAUCUUUUCACAUCAUUUAGCAACAAAAUCUCUCACUGCAGUCCGUUAAUAAAAAACAAACCCCAGCACCUUUCAGGAGUUAAGGUAUCUGAAGAGAGAUGGAAACAGAUGCCAGGUCUGAGACUUAACAAAGGUACCUCUACAUCCCGACCUCCUACUCCUGCCAACUUACAUCUACCAGACAUGAUCCAGCUGAAAGAUAUUGUUUGCUAUUUGUCACUGCUAGAAAGAGGAAGACCUGAAGACAAGCUGGAAUUUAUGUUUCGCUUGUACGAUACAGAUGGGAAUGGCUACCUGGAUAGUUCGGAGUUGGAAAAUAUCAUUGCUCAAAUGAUGCAUGUUGCAGAAUACCUUGAAUGGGAUGUUACUGAACUGAGUCCAAUCCUUCAUGAAAUGAUGGAAGAAAUAGACUAUGAUCAUGAUGGCACUGUUUCUCUAGAAGAGUGGAUCCAAGGAGGAAUGACAACUAUCCCUCUCUUGGUCCUACUUGGGUUAGAGAAUAAUGUGAAAGAUGAUGGGCAGCAUGUGUGGAGACUGAAACAUUUUAACAAGCCUGCCUACUGUAAUCUUUGUUUGAACAUGCUAAUCGGAGUAGGCAAGCAAGGUCUCUGCUGUUCUUUUUGCAAGUAUACAGUCCACGAACGCUGUGUCUCGAGAGCUCCAGCAUCUUGCAUCAAAACAUAUGUCAAGUCCAAAAAGAAUACUGAUGUAAUGCACCAUUUCUGGGUAGAAGGAAAUUGUCCAACAAAAUGUGACAAGUGUCACAAAACUAUAAAGUGUUACCAAGGCUUGACUGGACUUCACUGUGUUUGGUGUCAGAUCACAUUGCAUAACAAAUGUGCUUCACAUCUAAAACCUGAAUGUGACUGUGGACCUUUGAAGGACCAUAUCUUACCACCCACGUCGAUCUGCCCCGUAGUACUGACGCUACCCACUUUAGGAGGUUUACUCCCCGAGGAAAGACAGGCAACAGUGAAAAAAGAGAAGAGUUGCACGCAGCAAAUGAACAAACUGGCAGAACGGAAUAAAAUGCAAAGAGCAAAUUCCGUCACCGUAGAUGGACAAGGUCUUCAGAUCACUCCAGUUCCAGGCACUCAUCCACUUUUAGUUUUUGUCAAUCCUAAGAGUGGUGGAAAACAAGGAGAAAGAAUUUAUAGAAAAUUUCAGUACCUUUUAAAUCCUCGUCAAGUUUAUAGUCUUUCUGGAAAUGGACCAAUGCCAGGGUAA